AUGUCCCAUAAACCAUCGACCCAUCCAAGCACAAUCAUGAUCUGUAUUGCCUUCCUGCUGUCUUUGUUGUACAUUCCUUAUCUGGUAUGGGUAUACUUCAAGAUCAACGGUUUCUCUAAGCUCGUUCUAGAUGGACCUCCAGAAAUUGUACCAACAAUUGGGCAUCCCCUUCGAUUCGUUGAUCAAUCUCCAGUUCAGCCCUCAACGACCAUGACAGUUCUGGAUGAUAAGAUCAUGGAGGAUGACUACGAGUUCCCGCAAGCCAGCUUUGAGGUCCCAGGUCCCGCGCAAGUCACACACCAGUCAGAUGGUGAUGAAGGACAAGCUGCGAGGACUCAAACCGCCAUGAUGACAUACUCCAACGCAGCUAGAAGGCUAUACAAUCUAGCUCAUGACAGCCCAGAUACCUUCAAAUUACCAAACAAAAUCAAAUGGGAUACUUUCAAGGGAUCCCUCAAUCUCAGUAUUGGCGUGCAAACACCUGAGACUGGACAACUAUUACUGAGGAGUCUUUCGCCUAUCGACACAUACGGUCUACAUCACUCCUUCGAGCUCAUGCGAUACGCAGCCUACCUAGAUGAUGUAUUUGCAGGUUGUCGGAUCAUGGGAAACAUGGGGAGAUAUGAUGAAAACCAAGUAAAGGAGGCUUCCUCUUUCUGGAAUACAAAGUUCUACAAUAAAGAUACCAUGCUAGCUUUACCUGAGAAGUGGGCAUGGGAUUAUGCGAAUGCUCUGCACGCUUGCGUGUACGCUAAUAGCUGCCAGAGGAAAUUCUGGAGAUGCGUUUCUGGCGCGUUCAUGGAGAGUUCAGCGCCAGUAAGUCACAAAAUUACUUGA